AUGACCACCAACGGUACAAACGGCACCAACGGCACUACAGCUGCUGCCUCCUACCAUGCCUCGUCCACUCAAGAGGCCAUCCAGGCUGAGAAGGACUUCGCUGCCCACAACUACCACCCCCUUCCCGUCGUCUUCGCGCGCGCACAAGGUACCUCCGUCUGGGACCCUGAGGGCCGACACUACCUCGACUUCCUCUCCGCAUACUCCGCAGUGAACCAAGGUCACUGCCACCCCAAGCUGAUUGCUGCCCUUGUCGACCAGGCUUCUCGUCUGACGCUCAGCUCUCGCGCUUUCUAUAACGAUGUCUUCCCCAAAUUCGCCGAGAUGGUCACCAAGUACUUUGGCUUCGACAUGGUCCUCCCCAUGAACACCGGUGCGGAGGCGGUCGAGACCGGCAUCAAGAUCGCCCGCAAGUGGGGUUACAAGGUCAAGGGCAUCCCCGAGAAUGAGGCGAUCAUCCUUAGUGCGGAGAACAACUUUCACGGCCGAACAAUGGCUGCCAUUUCCUUGUCUUCCGACCCCGAGUCUCGAGAGAAUUAUGGCCCGUUCGUUCCCAACAUUGGCUGCGCGAUUCCUGGGACCAAUAAGCCGAUUACAUACAAUGACAAGGCUGCGCUGCGCGAAGCUUUCGAGAAGGCUGGCCACAAUCUCGCUGCAUUCCUCGUCGAGCCCAUCCAGGGUGAGGCAGGAAUCAUUGUUCCGGACGAUGAUUAUCUCCAAUUGGCUAGAUCGCUCUGCGACGAGCACAAUGUGCUACUGAUUUGCGACGAGAUCCAGACCGGUAUUGCACGGACAGGAAAGCUUCUCUGCCACGAGUGGAGCGGUAUCAAGCCCGACAUGGUUCUUCUGGGCAAGGCGAUCUCCGGUGGCAUGUACCCCGUAUCCUGCGUACUGGGGCGGAAGGACGUUAUGCUCACUGUUGAGCCUGGCACUCACGGAUCAACUUACGGAGGUAACCCGCUCGCUUGCGCCGUUGCCAUCCGUGCCCUCGAAAUUGUUCAGGAGGAGAACAUGGUGGAGCGAGCUGAGAAGCUUGGCCAGGCCUUCCGCAGCGGCCUGGAAGCCAUCCAAAGCCCGAUUAUUCAGACUGUCCGCGGAAAGGGUCUGCUCAACGCGAUCGUCAUUGACGAGUCCAAAACGAAUGGGCACACCGCGUGGGACCUUUGCAUGCUGAUGAAGGAGAAGGGACUUCUGGCCAAACCCACCCACCAAAACAUCAUUCGUCUUGCGCCACCUCUAGUCAUUACCGAAGAAGAAAUCGCAAAGUCGCUCGAAAUCAUCAAGGAGGCCGUGGCUGAGUUGCCAAAUCUCAAGGGCGCAUCGGAAGACAAGGUCAUCCCUCCGCCGGAGAAGAAGGUCAAGAUUACUUUGGAAAAUUAG